AUGCGGGCCAUCGAGGAGGAGGUCGAGGACGGAGCUGCGAGGUCCGGCGACGGGAAGGGCGGCGACGAACGGCGAGGUUAUCGGCCAAAGGCUGCCGACAACAACAUCAACAACAGGGAAUCAAUAUUCAAGUACUUGCCGGAGCAAUAUCUUGCCACGUCGAUCAAGAAGAGUAAACUCAUGGGCACCAACGGCAGGGCUGGUAAGAAGGAAAAACAGAGCAAGUAUGGUGCAAUGGGGCUGCUCAUCGGGAUCAGACGAAUCAACACCGAUCUACUGAGAGGUGCCAUUAGUUGGGAAGGUGCACGUCGCUCCACGGCAACAUUUGCCCCCGAAAAAGUAUGUAUAUAUAGGCCAUCCGGUGCCCAAAUCCCCAACAAACUCCGCAGCGUCAAUCACCAGCCUUCUUUGAAGCCGCGCAGCAAGAAACCAAGAACACAACCGGCGGAGGAGCAGGGGGUGGCGGUGGCGGAGAAGGAAGCGGUUGCGGUGGAGAAGUGGGAUGAAGAGAGGAAGAGGGAGGCGGCGCUGCAGGGGGCCGAGAAGGAGGCGGCGCAGCGGGGAGGCGAGAAGGAGCCGCAGGUCGCGCAAGACCAUGAGAUGGAGUCGACCGAGGAGGAGGGCGGCCACUUCCUGCCGCCGAGGAUGGCCGCCACCACCAUGGCAGUUUCCAAGACGGCCAUCGAGCGCCGCUGCUCGACGGAUGGCUCGGACGGCCCCAGGCGCCUCUCGCCCGAGGAGGACGCCGAGCUCCCAGCCCCUCUCAACCUCUCCCGCGGCAAGGACGCGGACGGCGACGACUACGGCGCUGGGCUCUUCAAUGGAGGCCGCUCCGACUUGCCAGCUGGCGAGAUGGGUGGCAAGGGCAAAAGUUUGGCGAGCUGUUCCUGUGUCUCAAGACGCGGCCCCGAUAGGGUUGCUGCUCCGAAACGCGAGAAAACAAGCCUAUACAAGACAGAUAUAUCAUGUAUCUAAGUACAGAAGAUCCUUCGAUUCCCCUGCGGGCGCGCCCGGGCACAGCACGGCCUCAACUCGUACGUGGAACACCUACUGGCGCAUUGUAAUCAUGGUUUAUCAGGGACACCUACCUCAGGCAUAUGUACCUGGUACAAGUGCUGACAGCAUCUACAACCACAGACAUCAAAUUCGGGCCCUCAAAUGCCCGUGGACGUGCGGGCACAGCACGGCCGCAACUUGUACCCGGAACACCUACUGGUGCACUCUAUUAGCACUUGUACUAAGAACACAUGC